UCCAUAGUCCAAACCCCAGCUACCUCUCCGGGGGCAGUAAGGAUCGCGCCCUCGCGACCUCUCCUGGGGCAUCGUCGAUCGAUCGCGGCCAUAGGGUUUGCGACCCAAUGCUAGGAGGGAUGGACGGUGCACGAUCGUCACCGCUCACCGGCUUCCGAUCCGUGGAAGGUCUUCCAGGAAGCUAUCGGGUGAUCGAUGUAGGUCUUCCGCAUGAAAGUUGAAAUGUUUCGGGAAAGUAAUCGGUUAAAUGUCGGACGUUUGAUUCCCAAAGUUCGUUUGGAACGCUUCGUAGGAGAUGAUUUUUUGAAAAUUCGAAUGGCGAUCUACCUCCGAAUAGACGUCGACCCCUUCUUAAAUCAGCCAUUUUUGACUGUUAAAAAUUAUUCCCCGGGAGAGAAAGUUCCCCCAAAUCUCAAGCGCCCGAGGAAAAGCAAAGAUGCGCCGUCCUUGAAAGAGGCUCUAGAUUCUCCUUCAAAAAGAAGUCAUAAAAAUCGAGAAGCAAAUAAACAACCAGAAGAGAAUCUAGCAAGAAACAGAGAAGGAGAGGAGAACCACAUGGACUUAGAUGUUUCCGGCAAACAAAUCCAGUGCUUAGAUGCUAGAUUUCCGCCCGCGAGAGAGAGAUAGAUAGAGAGAGAGAUUGCGCCGGGGUGUAACUACCAAAAAAUUGCCCCAACUUUGCCAAGAACCGCCGCUUCCCAGUUGACCUCAGGAAGCGAGUCACUGUGCAUCUUUCGUUGAACAGUGGCGGGGAAAAAAGGUAAAAAAGUAAGAAAGAUGGAAGGAAAAGGCAAUAAAGAAACGGCUGAUUCUCAAAAAGGGUAUACAGUAGGGAAUAGUUUAAUGACGACGCCGCGUUGGUGAUCACAGUAGCGUAUCUAGCAAUAUCCAAAAAAAUAUCGACAAGUUUACUUGGGGAGGAAAAAUAUAGGGAAAUGGGAAGGCUAUAUGAUACAAUGGAGAGAACAAAAAACACAAAAUAUGGGGGGGUGGGGGAGCAUACUUCAACAUCAAGGGAUUUUGCGUGAUACUGACGAACUUAGGGAUGCAAUGAGCGCCGUUGCCUCUGGUCUUCUCCUCUCUCACCUCUAACAGAUUGUCCCCAGCCCACAUGACUCUUAAAAAAAGGGACAAAUACAGAUAGAAAGAAAGGAAAACUCGUAACAAGACUAUGUAGUUCGAAAGGAGGAGGUGCUACGUUGAUGAUGAUGGCGUUUCGGGAAUUGCAGAUUCCGCCUUUUGAGACGCAGAAACCAGCUCUGCUGCAGUGUCAGACUGCUGAAGGGAAAGGAGGGUGCGACCGUCUCGAGAGAGAGUUCAGAGAGCUGUGCGCAGGCAGGGCAGCAUCAGCAUUCGCCGAUGGCUGGGGGUUUGACCGGCGGGACCAGGCCCGAGAGAUGAGGAGGAGGAAGAAGAGGUGGGCGGCUGGAGAAGAGCAAGCGCAAACGCAAAAGAUGGGGCCACCGCCGGUGACAAGUCACCGGCACCAACUAGCACUGAGGUGGUGCAAGAGGGCAGAGGCGAAGGAUGGUGCGAAGAGGAGGUGGGGAUUGCGGCCGCUAGAAUGUCUCAUCAUCUGGGUGGUGGCCUUCGCGUUUGUGGCGCGUUUCAUCUACUACUAUGUGCACGCGGAUGACAUGAAUGCGAGGAUGGAAUCGCUAUCGGGGAUGUGCGACGAGAGGGCAAGGAUGCUGCAAGACCAGUUCACGGUGAGCACGAACCAUGUUCACGCCCUUGCGAUCCUCGUCUCAAGCUUCCACCAUCGAAAGAGUCCCUCCGCCAUCGACCAGAAAACAUUCGCGGAGUAUACGGCAGGAACGGCGUUCGAGAGGCCGUUGCUGAGCGGCGUUGCGUACGCGCAGAGGGUGAUGCACUCGGAGAGGGAGAGCUUUGAGAGGCACCAGGGAUGGACGAUCAAGACGAUGAAGAGGGAAGCUUCACCGAUACAGGAUGAAUACGCGCCUGCCAUCUUCUCUCAGGAGACUAUUUCUUAUAUCGAGUCGCUCGAUAUGAUGUCCGGUCAGGAGGAUCGUGAGAAUAUUUUGAGGGCGAGGGCAACCGGGAAGGCUGUCCUCACGAGCCCUUUCAAGCUGCUCGAGUCCAAUCAUCUUGGCGUUGUUCUGACCUUCCCUGUCUACAGAUCGAGCCUUGCAGCGGAAGCAACGGUGGAGGAUCGGAUUGAAGCUACUGUUGGCUACCUUGGUGGAGCAUUUGACGUUGAGUCGCUCGUGGAGAACCUGCUGAGAAAACUUGCUGGGAAUGAGGCCAUUGUGGUGAAUGUAUAUGAUGUGACAAACAGUUCAAUGCCCUUGACUAUGUAUGGACCCGAAAGUGCUGAAGGUGACAUGUCACUGAUCCAUUCCAGCAUGCUUGAUUUUGGAGAUCCUUUCAGGAAGCACAUAAUGAUUUGCAGGUACCUUCAGAAUCCUCCCAUUCCAUGGAUGGCUAUCUUGUCCUCUUCUGGUGUCUUUAUCAUAGCUGCAUUGGCUGGGUAUAUAAUGUAUGCAGCUGUCAUCCAAAUUGCUAAGAUUGAGGAAGACUAUAUCAAGAUGACAGAGCUAAAAGUUCAAGCUGAAUCUGCUGAUGUUGCUAAAUCUCAGUUUCUGGCCACUGUUUCACAUGAGAUUCGAACACCAAUGAAUGGAGUUUUAGGGAUGCUCCAAAUGCUUCUUGACACAGAUUUGGAUUCAACUCAGAAGGACUAUGUUCGAACUGCACAGGCCAGUGGCAAGGCAUUGAUAACUUUGAUAAAUGAAGUGCUUGACAGGGCAAAAAUUGAGUCUGGAAAAUUAGAACUUGAGGCUGUGCCAUUCAACCUACGAUCAAUUCUAGAUGACAUUCUUUCUUUAUUUUCGGGAAAAUCUCGAAAUAAAGGCAUUGAGCUAGGAGUAUUCGUAUCCGACAAGGUUCCAGAACUUCUAAUUGGUGAUCCUGGAAGAUUCCGGCAGAUAAUCACCAAUCUUGUUGGAAACUCGGUGAAAUUUACUGAGCGCGGCCAUAUCUUUGUUCGAGUGCAUCUUGUGGAACAUGCUAAAUUAUUGGUUGAUACUAGAGUUGAUGCUAGUGCAAAAGGAUCUCCAACUGAUUUGGCUGUUUCAACUGGCAAUGUUUUCAAUACCUUAAGUGGAUAUGAAGCUUCUGAUGACAGCAAUAGUUGGGAUAAAUUCAAAUUGUUGUUUUCAGACUCUGUGCCUUUGUCUGACAAAGUGGCAGAGUGUGUGGCUGCGACUUCUAUAUCUGACAAUGUUGCCUUGAUGGUUAGCGUGGAAGAUACGGGCAUUGGAAUUCCCUUGCCUGCCCAAGAUCGUGUCUUCAUGCCUUUCAUGCAAGCUGACAGUUCAACAUCACGGACAUAUGGUGGUACUGGGAUUGGACUGAGCAUCAGCAAAUGCCUAGUUGAGCUGAUGGGUGGGAAAAUAAAUUUCAUCAGUCGGCCGCAUAUUGGAAGCACCUUUACUUUUACUGUUGUUGUGCGCAAAUGUGAUAAAUUAUUAUUAACUGACCGGAAGAUGCAUCUUUCUGAGACACUACCUAUGUGCUUCAAAGGUAUGAAAGCUAUUAUAGUUGAUGGCAGACCUGUCAGAGCAGCUGUAACAAAAUACCAUCUUCAAAGGCUUGGUAUGUCUGUUGAGGUUGUGAGCUGCAUGAAAAUGGCAAUUCGAGUCAUCUCUACACAAAAUGGAUAUGCUAGAAACGGGAGAUCUUGCAGAAUCCCAGAUAUUAUACUAGUGGAAAAGGAAUCUUGGCAUUGUGAGGCUGAACUUGGCACUUUUGAGUGCAUACAGGACAUCAAGCAUAAUGGGCAAGUCCAUGAAAUGCCAAAGAUGGUUCUUCUGGCAACCUCAAUCAGUUCUGCAGAGUCUUUAAAAGCCAAGUCUGCUGGUUUUGUUGACACUCUGAUCAUGAAACCUUUGAGAGCCAGCAUGAUGGCUGCAAGUUUUCAACAGGUGCUAGGUAUAGGCAAUACACAGCAAGGGAAAGGAGUCCUUAGUGGUGGUCCUUUUCUGCGCAAUGUGCUUUCUGGGAAAAAAAUCUUAGUUGUUGAUGACAAUGGCGUAAAUCGCAAAGUUGCUGAAUUUGCUCUAAAGAAAUAUGGUGCUAAUGUAGCAUGUGCUGAGAGUGGAAAAAUUGCACUUGCUAUGCUUCAAAUUCCACAUAAAUUUGAUGCUUGCUUUAUGGAUGUCCAGAUGCCUGAAAUGGAUGGGUUUGAGGUGACUAGGCAGAUAAGGCAGCUCGAGAAUCAGGCAAACAAGCAGGUGAACGUGGGGUCCGCAUUAGAUGGAGGGUCGGGAAAGUCUCAGUGGCACCUGCCUAUACUGGCCAUGACAGCUGAUCUGAUUCAGGCUACCUACGAAGAGUGUCUGAAAUGUGGAAUGGAUGGUUAUGUCUCUAAGCCCUUCGAAGAGCAGCAGCUAUAUCAAGCAGUGGCCAAGUUCUUUGAUACAAACCAGCCCCUGGCUCAGAACUAAUGUGAGAUCUGUACAGUUACAUAUUCUUUCAGCAAUCUUUCUGUUAGCCUGAAGGCAAAAGCUGUUUCCUCACCUGCUCACUACAACCGAGAAACUAUUCAUGCUUAUAGUGCUAGACAGAACGUGAUCAGCAUUAUACCACUGUACGAGUAACUAUUGGUGCUCGAUUCGAAACACUGCAGAGGGGGUCUGUAAAAUUCUGUUAUCCUUGGCUAUGCAUGCCAAUAUAUUGUCUGGAGGAUGGUGCGGGCCAAGAGAUUGAAGUGUAUAUUUUUGAUAUUUUUGAUUCUUUUUAGGAACACUUACUUCUAGUAAGUGUGCCAAAGGGUUACCCAAGUUCUGUAAAUAUAGUAAAUUGUCGCAGGCUGUUAGAUUAGGUACUGAGGGCUAUGUAUCUAGAGUGUGCAGAAAAUAUCUUAACUACAGUUUCAUGGUGUACUAUAUUUUUGAUGGUUGAGGACCAUUAAACUUCUUUCUUGAGAGAAAUCAAAUGAACUGCUCGGGAUGCCUCCGUCGCUUUUUUCUUUUA